AUGGAACGGAGUCAAAACACCAUCUAGACAUGUCAGAAUAAACCAAAUGGACGGGAAUGUAGAGGAAAUGGGGGACAUACACCCAAAAUCCCUCGGUAUAAUCAUGUUUUCUGAAGGAUUGGAGUUUAUAGAGAACACCCCUGAAGCAUACAACAGCUGAUGACCUCCCUUACCAGCACCACCACCACCUCAUUAACCUCCAUUUUCACGCUUAUCCCGCCACCCCACGCACAAAUAUCGAGGCCGAGGCGGGAUAAGUGAUUUCUCUUCCAUUUUAACUCAUCCCCAAGCGGCCCAGGGGAGGAGGAAGCCCAGGAGUGAAGUAGGACAAAGUGUCGUGAACUCAGCACAAAUAAAGCCAGACACAAGACACGAGAGCAUGCCCCCACAGUGCAUUGUGGUCGGGUGCCGGCGCAAAGGCUCCAUUGGUGAAAAAGUGAAGUGCUUUCGGAUUCCAAAACCUGCAGGGCUCAGGAAAAAGUGGUUAUACUUAUGUGGAAACAGCAAUGCGCACCCAGAAGGCCGUGUAUGCGAAAGACACUUCAGCUUGAAACAGCAUGUCGACCCAAACGAACCAAUCCGCCAGGGCAGGCGAACACUCAAGCCUGGAGCAGUGCCCGAUCGCAAUCUCCCUGUCCUGCAUAUUCCUGAGGUGUUCGUGAAGCGUGAAGACACAACAUCCACAAAACUCACAAAUUCCACCCCAGCCACAACAAUGACUCCUAGUUUGAAAAAAUGUGUGCCACUCAGCGUGAAGCUGAAGAUCCUGGACGACCAAGAGAAAGGCUUUGGCCCCAAGAAGAUCAUGAAAAAGUACAAAGUGAAAAAGUCAACAUACUAUCGCAUAUUGAGUGAGAAGGAAAUGAUAAGAGACUAUGUGGACAGAGGAGGCUCACUCGAGUACAACUCCAAAGUGGAGAAAGAGGAAGACGAUCAGGAAGGUGACGCCGUUGAAAACAAUGACCCCAAAGACAAGGUAAGCGAAAUCAAGCCGGAAGGAGAUGUGAAGGUGAACUGUGACAGGGAAGAGCCGCUCAACCAGGCCGUGAUGGAUUGGUACAAUGAACAGAAGGCUGAGGGCGUGCCCGUGGAUGAGGUUGACAUCAAUGGGGCUGCCGAGCGGCUGGCGCGGGAACUGGGCUUCACACACUUCAAGCUGAACAGCGGCUGGCCGCUCAGAUUCAGAAAACCCCAAAGCACUGUGGACAGUACGCUCAGUUCCGCUGAAAACUCAGACGGCGAUGAGGACUCAAACUAUUCUGGAAGUUCUGGCAUUAAGGGCAUGAAGGUGCUGAGGAUACAGGACCAGAUCACAGCCUUCCAGCGAGUCCAGGCCGGGGAGACGGCGGGGCAGGUCGCUGACGACAUGGGGGUGAGCCGGCAGACCAUCCAGCGCAUCAAAAAGAAGUUCAAGGACACCCUGCAGUCCCCCACCAUGGAUGAAAAAUACCACAUCAGCGUUGAGAAAACCAAGUACAAGAACGAUAGUGCGGUGAAGGAUAUCCUGGACACCGAAAGGAACAAGGAGUCUGUGUUUGCGGCCAUAGAGCGGCGGAAGCGGUUGAAGCUCAGCAAAAAGGUGUUAGCGAAGAAGGACCAAGGCCUGUCAUACCAAGAAAAGAUAGAGGCCGUGGCGCAGUGUAAAGCGGGAGUCUCACUGAAGCAAAUAGCGCGUGAUUUCUGCGUGAGCACCUCGACCAUCCAGCGUGUGAAGAAGAAGUUCUCGGAAUCGCACCAACUCCAAUUCAAGCACUACAUGAGACUGGACCAGAAAGUCCGAGUCCUGGAACGACUGGACGAAGGCGAGACCAUCAUGGAAAUCGCGGAGGACCUUGGCGUGCACGAAACAACUGUCCGAGGCAUCAAGAAAAGCCGGCUAAAGAUCAUGAGCCUGUACCGAGCUGGGCGUAAGUUCGUUAACGCGUCCACACCCACCACCACCACCACUAACACCACCACCGCCACCACCGCCAGGGCCCCCACCACCACCAAGGCCCCCACCACCAAGGCCCCCAAGGUGAAUAAGUACGAGACCUUGGAGAAGAAACUCAUGGAGUGGAUUAACAACCUGCGGCACUGGAAUAUCCCGAUGAGCAACUCCAUGAUCCAGAAGAAGGCGCUCAUGAUCCAGAUGCACCUGGCACAGGACGAGGGCAUCUCCACCGUGCCGUCCUUCCUUCCCACCAAGGAGUGGCUCGCUGGCUUCAAGAGGCGGAACAACAUUCAGAAGCUAUCACCCGAAGAUACUGACUCAGCAAGUGAACCUGACGAGCUCAGGUUCAGCAGCAAGGCGGCGCCCAAGUCCAAGAAGAAGUACUUUGCUGCCAAGAGGAAGGCUCAGGCGGCCCCACCCAUUACCCCCGAGGACAUACCGCUGCCUCCAGCCAUCACAGAAAUCGACAUGCCCUUGAGUAAGUUUGCCGAGGGCCUGCGGGAGAUGUAUCUGAGCCGGUCGCUGCCGCCCAACCCUUACAGGUGCAACGCCUUCACCCCGAGAGUCCUCCUCACCUGCUCCGAGCCAAGGUUCAUGGCCUCGGAUAUUGUGAAAACGGAACUUCUGAGUGACGAAGAAACAUGGCUGACAGCACACACCAACGCCGGCAGCGACUCAGACUGGACGGAGCAAAACUGGGACGCAAACUCCCUGACGGAAAUCUCGAACGGCUCAAGAGAGACUCAGAGGUCAAAGAGAAAGAACUCAAACAAUGAAUUCGACCGGAAAAGGAGAAGAGUGGCGGAGAACGAGAGUGACGAGGACGGGUCAGUCGUGGACUACAGCAGAAACAACUACAUGAACAUUCCUAUCAAGCAAGAACCUCAAAGCUCGGUGGACUCGAUUUCACCAAACGUUCCGAUGGCCGUGUUACCUGCUGGCAGCACCUACGUCCCUCCACUGCCGAUGUUCCAGAUGCCAAACGGGGGACUAACCGUGUUCAUGCCUGAGUCCCAGCAGAUGAUGAUGCAGCACCCCGUCAACUACCCCCACAAUAAUGCCAGUGACCUGUUCAUGAACCAGCAACAGCAGCAGCUCAGAGGGAGGGCCAAUGACAUUAACGCCUCGGGACAGUUCAGUGACAUUCACAGUGAGGUUGACGUUGAGCCAAGCAUCAGACAGGACAAUGAGAACAUGAUUGUGAUGCCCUUUGGACGAGAUGCUGACGGCGAGGCUGAAAAGAGUAACCAGUUGCCUUCAUCUGAGCCGGACUCGGUGAGUGACGCUCUGGCGGAGAAGGCAAGGAAGGAGCGAGCCGCUGCGAUCGCAGAAAAUAUUGGCAUGAAUGUGGAAUGCUCGUCGAACAAGAAACUCAGAGAUUUGACAUUCAAAUUACUAGAACUGAACGGUAAGAACUUAAUUUGUGACGACAGAAUUGAUAAGGCAAGGGAGGAGUAUGAAAAGACGGUGGCUCACAUAGAGGCUGAGAAAAGAAUAAACGACACGGAAAUAGAUAAGGUGUUGUCAGCCAUUCAGGAGUGGAAGGAGGCGAAGAGUAACAACACCACCAACACCAACACCGCCACCGCCACUUAGAGGCACCGGUGGUGGUGGGACUUCUUUUAUUUUCCACACUUAACCUUCCGUUGCUUUACCCUAAGUUCAUGUUGUGUCGUAUCUCACGGCGACGCGCGACAGAACUCGAAGAACUUUUUAUUCCAUGCCGUGAGAGUGGCCGCAGUUCUUCGUGGACUUCGUGGAAUUAACUGUAAAUUAUUUUGGUAGUUUUUACUGGAGGCAAGUGUGUGUGGACAGAAAAGCUAAACAGGUGGGAAGAAUUAUUGUGGAGGGAAAAUCUAAACAAGUGGAAAGAAGAAUGACUACUACACAUUGAUCAGGCAUGUGAGGUACUGAAUAUAUAUUUUGUAAAGAGUCGUAUGUAUUUGCACAAAGAGAGAAGAAGGUUGGUGUGUAGAGCAGCUUGUCAGUCGUCGGUGGCUUGUCGAGUCAAUGUCAGUCUGUAAGUAAGAAAGUAGCUCAGUUUUUUCAUUACGACUACUAGCUAUAGUUUACUGUACCGAUAGUCAAGUCGUAAAAUAUCCAAACAGCAAUGCCUGUAAGGGAGAUACGAAAGCAACAUGACAUUUUUAGCUUAUACUGGCGGCAGUCUUGUACAUAUUUGUGACUAUUUUCCUCUUAUGAUGGACAGCCUUGACGGGAAAUAAUUGACGGAGAUUUUUGCCUUCCUUCUCGCCAUCUGGUGCGGAGUGGACUGGGUAGCGCCACAACCUUGCUUUGCCACAACUCUAAAUAUUUGGUUGUUCCUCAUUGUCAGUAUGAAUACCUUGCUAGUAUUAAGUUGAGGCAAAGUUCAGUAAGCAUCAAUGGAAAUAGUAGAAUUAAUGAUGGUAAGGGAAGGAAGUCAUUGUGGAAAUCAAUAUGUAUUAUACAUCAGUUGAAUGAGACAGUGGAUGGCUAUAAGUCCCCUCAACUCUGCUCUACUUUGUCCAUCAAUCGCCAAUCAUUAUUUAGGGUUUCAUUCAAUACUUACUUCCAUCGUUGAGACAGUAAGACGAAAAUAAACUGAGAAGGUAAAAUGUAAGGUUGUAAGUCAAUGUAACUCUUUUCUGCCCUGUUCACCAAUGAUAUUUUAGGAUUUCAUUCAAUACUUCCAUUGUUGAGACAGGAAAACAAAGAUGAAUGGAGAUGGUAGAAUGGAGGGUUGUAAAUCACUCUAUCUCUGCUUGGCCCUGUUCAUCAAUGCCAACACCAAUGACAUUCUAGGAUUUCACUCAACACUUGCUUCCAUUGUUCAGAGAGUAGGACAAAGAUAAGUAACAUGUACACCAAAGGCCUCACAGAGUGGCUCUGUGAACCACUGCUCCCAGAAUCUUGACUUGAGUCCUCGGGCUCUCUCAUAAAGCUAAGCAGUUCUUGCCUAUUUAUAAAUCACCUGUAUGUGAAAAUGCUCAAAGGGAGAGUAUGUUAAGGUUUGUAAGGAAAUAAGUGUAUGUGUGCAGUUGUAGAUAAAAGUAUGGAUCCACCUUACUUAGCUCUCAGCACAGCAAGUCAUAUGGGGUGAGUGGGAGGGAGGGAAGGGGGGAUGAGCUGGCAGGGGAGGGGAUUGCCUUGCCACAAGGGGAAGGGACACUCGAGUCAGGGAGUUUGGAGUAAGUUGGAUCAAUGCUUCUAUUUGCAGCUACCCAAGAGUGUUUUAUGACCUGACACACCUACAGGAUUAGGGCGUGUUCACUGGUUCCUGGCCAUUGAUUCAGUCUGUACUUAUCUCGAAAAAGGAUGAGGCGAUGGGUGUCUGGAGGGGGGACAAGGAGGGGCUGGUGCCCCUCCUCAGAAAUCUGUUAUAUUCUCAUUCACGUUGUAAUGAAAUUAAUAUUUUUCAAAGCCUCAGCAGCACCCUUGGUGCUGCAGUUAUUGGGAAACUGCAUGUGCCAUUGCCUUGUGGCUCACCAAGGAAAUAUGAAAUUUGAUGUAUUUAAGUAUAUCACCAAAAUCAUAUCAAAGUCAUAUCGGCUCUGCCCCCCCUUGAAAAAAUUCCUGUAGACACCCUGGGCCUAGACAUGAAUGACUGUCAGAAUAAUGAUUGGUAGCUCUUUAUUUUGAUAGAAUUAAUCACUGUCAGAAAAAUGAUUGGUAAUGAUAUUUUGACAUUGAUUCUUAGCUAUUGUUCCAGUGUGUACUUACAUCAGAAAAAAGUGAACUACUGUCAGAAUGGUAUGACUGGCAACACUUUAUUCUGACAGCAGUCCAGCAAACCCUCUUCCUCUUAUUCAACCAAAAAACAGAUUCCCCAAACCCUUCAAACUGGCGAAUACAACCAGUAAUGGCACGUCUUAUUUUUAAUCAAUACCUCACCCGUUUUUUACAGGACAAUUCUUUACAAAAAAAUUGGUAAAUAAAACAAUACCAACUUGUAAACAUCUUAUUUUUUUGCUAUUGGUAAUGUCUAUUGGCACCUAGUCUAAAGCUGUUUUCUGAUAUGAGUACUAAUUGGAAUAUGGUCUGUAUGGAUUGGUCAACACAUUCUAUGGCAGGUCUAAGGGAUGGUUGAGGAUGCAGUGUUUGUGGGUUGAAGUGGUUAAUGGACAGACAGACUCAUACAGAACACGUUGAAGUGAGUGCAAGGUGCCAUGUCUUAGGCUGCCACCAGUCAUCAGUCAGUAGUAGUUUUUGUUUGUUUAUUUGUGUUUCAGUGCAAUACAAACAUUCCACAGUUUUCUGCAGUCUGUGAAAACAAUACUACGACAUCCAUUGA